UAUUUAUAUGGAUUUUCAUGUGAAUUAAUAUAAAACUCUGAAAAAGUUAUAUCGGUGGCCGACUUCAAAAAACAAGAAAAACCUCAAUUUCUCUUAUUUUCUUCUUUCAGCUAUUUGCCGCCGCCGCCUCCUCUAAAUCAAAACAUCUCUUCUUAGUCUUUUCAAUCUUCUUAGGUCAGUUCUUCUUAUUCACUCUUCAAGCUGGCUGGCUAUUGAAAACCUCAAUAACAACAUAUCACAAGAACACUCAUGGGAACGAUGAUGAGAGCAGAAGAAGAUAACUACAAUCUGAGUCCUCCACCAUGGCUAAUCCCUAUGCUAAGAGCAAACUACUUCGUCCCUUGUUCCAUCCACGCCGCUUCCAACAAGAGCGAAUGCAACAUGUUCUGUCUUGACUGCAGUUCCGAAGCCUUUUGCUCUUACUGUUUGCCUAAUCACAGAAACCAUCGUGUCAUUCAGAUACGGAGGUCAUCGUACCACAACGUGGUGAGGGUGAACGAGAUUCAGAAGUACAUAGACAUCUCUUGUGUUCAGACUUACAUAAUCAACAGCGCAAGGAUCGUCUUCUUGAACGAACGUCCUCAGCCAAGAAUCGGCAAAGGCGUCACCAACACUUGUGAAAUCUGUUGCAGAAGUCUUCUUGAUUCUUUCCGUUUCUGCUCCCUCGGCUGCAAACUUGGAGGGAUGAAGCGAGGAGGGAAUGAUCCAAGUCUAACCUUCUCUCUGAGAGGGAAGCAUGGAAGGGAGUACGAAGGUGAGUGGGAAUCUGAUGAGGCGACCACACCAACUAAGAUACGGAAGACGACGUGUGCUUUCAAUCGUCUCAUGAGUGGUCUCUCCAUCUCCACCGUUAGGUUUGAUUACUUGUCAGGAGAUCAACGGUCUUCGAGCUCGGGUGAUGAGAGUGGUUUUAAUCUUUCUCCGGGGACGCCACCGAUAUAUAAUCACCGGAACUCAAGCAGACGUAAGGGAGUCCCACACCGUGCUCCGUUCUGAAGUUAUAUAACUUUAAGAGUAACCUAACUAUGUGUAUAAAAAUCUAGAAAAUGUGGCCAUUAUAUUGUAUACGGUUAGUACUUAGUAUUGCUUUAUAACCUUUUGAAGCUAUAGGAAUGAAUAUAUAUAUAUAUAUGAAUGUAGUAUAGUAUCAUGUUUUGUUUGUUUUUAUAAAUAUAGAUAUUAGGUUGUAUACUCAAAAAGGAUUGAAAUAUGCUUGUCAUAUAGUUUUUUUGGCUGUAAAUAUACGUUUGAAAGGAUAUAUGGUUCGUGGUAUGUUACUUGUAUCGUUUCGGUGUA